AUGGAUAUCUCUCCAUCUCUCUUGCAUUUGAAUUUUCUAAAAAAAGCUCUUGACAGCAAAUCUUCGCCAAAAAUUAUUUAUAGUUACAAGAAUAGUUUUAAUGCAUUUGUCGCCCUAUUAACGAAUGACGAAGUUGAGAAGAUAUCAUCAAUGAAAGGAGUGAUCUCUGUAUUUCCCAAUAAAAUCAACCAUGUACUUACAACAAGAUCAUGGAACUUUAUGAAAUUUUCUCGAAUGGUCAAAAGAGAAAAAACGGUUGAAAGCAAUAUCAUUAUUGGAGUACUCGAUACUGGAAUAUGGCCAGAGUCGGAUAGCUUUAAAGAUAUAGGAUUUGGACCUCCCCCAAGCAAAUGGAAGGGAUCUUGUGAAGGAUUAACUAAUUUCACCUGCAAUAACAAAAUAAUCGGAGCAAGGUACUACAAGAACAAUAAAGUCUUCAAAAAUAAUGACAUUCAGUCUCCUAGAGACACCGAUGGUCAUGGAACACAUAUAGCAUCAAUUAUAGCGGGUGGCCUUGUUAGUACAAGCUUCUAUGGUCUUGCUCAAGGAACAGCUCGAGGAGGAGUCCCAUCUUCGCGAAUCGCGGUAUAUAAAGUAUGUUGGUCCACUGGUUGCUUACAUAACGACAUCAUGGAAGCAUUCGAUGAUGCAAUCUAUGAUGGGGUUGACAUAAUAUCAUGUUCUAUCGGAAUCAUUCCUAGCGAAUAUUUUAAGAAUCCAAUAGAUAUUGGGUCUUUUCACGCCAUGAGUAAAGGAAUUUUAACUACAAUGGCUGGCGGAAAUAAUGGUCCAAGAGUGGGAACUAUCCAAAAUAUUUCUCCAUGGGGACUUACAGUUGCCUCAAGUAGUACCGAUCGUAAAUUUUUUACCAAUCUGAAGUUGGGUAAUGGUACAACAUUAAAGGGAAUUUCAGUGAACACUUUUGAUCCAAAUGGUUUUUCUCCUAUAGUGUAUGGUGCUAAUGUGCAAAGAAGGGGAUUCAAUGUUCCUAGUGCUAGGUUGUGCCUUCCAAACUCACUAGAUGCAGGACUGGUAAAAGGAACAAUUAUAUUUUGUGAUCAAUUAAAUUCAGGAGAAACAGCUCUUUUGGCUGGUGCUGUCGGUAUGGUGAUACGAGGAAAUAUAUCUUUAACAAAUGCUAGAAUGUUUGUCCUUCCUACCACAUUUGUUGACAUUAAGGAUGGAAGCAUCAUAUUGAGCUAUAUUAAAAGAACAAAAAAUGCAACUGCAAGCAUAAUGAAGAGCCAUGAAGAUGCUGAUAUGCUUGCACCAUAUAUUACAUCCACAUCAUCUAGGGGACCAAAUAUUAUCACAUCUAGCAUCCUCAAGCCAGAUUUGUCUGCACCUGGUGAUAACAUAUUAGCAGCGUGGACAGUUGCGAGUCCUCUUACGAAUUUAAAAACUGAUAUAAGAAGAUCUCUUUUUAACAUGCAAUCAGGCACAUCAAUGGCCUGCCCACAUGUUAGUGCCGCGGCUGCUUAUGUUAAAUCUUUUAAUCCAUCGUGGUCUUCAUCAGCUAUAAAAUCUGCGCUUAUGACUACAGCAUUCACUAUGAGUGCAAGGACAACUCCAGAAGAAGAAUUUGGUUAUGGAGCAGGACACAUAAAUCCUAUAGCAGCCAUCAAUCCUGGACUUGUGUAUGAUGUCAAUCAAGAGGAUUAUAUACAGUUCUUGUGCAGUUUAGGAUUUACCAACCAUCAAUUGCAAUAUCUUACGGGUGACAAUACUACAUGCAUCAAGUUUGUGAAACAAUAUGAGUGGAACCUAAAUAUGCCUUCAUUUUGCUUCCGGGCCCUUCCUUUCAAAAUGUUUCAGGUCAAGUUUCUUAGGAAAGUUACGAAUGUGGGCUUGACAUCGUCUACUUAUGAUGUCAAAAUUGAUUCUUCAGCAAAACUGAAAAUACAAGUAUCUCCCGAUACACUCUUUUUCCGUGUUGGACAAACUAAAUCAUUCACUGUGACAAUUGAGGGUAAAAUUCCUAAAGAAACAUUUGUUACUGCUUCUCUAUCAUGGAUAGAUGCGACACACAAAGUGAGAAGCCCCAUUGUUAUUUAUACAUAA